GUCCCCUCCUGUCUGUCCCCUCUGUCCCCUCUCUGUCCCCACUCUGUCCCCUCUCGUCAGUCCCCUCUGUCCCCUCCUCCUUGACCCCUCUGUCUCCUCUCUCUGUCCCCUCCUGUCCGUCCCCUCUGUCCCCUCCGGUCUGUCCCCUCCCUGUCCCCUCCCUGUGUCCCCUCCCCGGCUCUCAGGAGCGCUGGGAUCCAGCCCUCGCACCCAGGCGAGAUAAAAUCCCGGGAUUUUGGGAUGCUGGGAGCAAAACCUUCUCUCUGGGGUCGCUGUCCCCCCGCGCCCGUAGAGGCUCCGCAGGACCCGGCGCAGGAUGGGAGGCGCCGCUGGAUUCAUCCACGCUUCCCUGGCCGUCGGCACCUUCCUGGUUUGGUGCCAAGCCCAGAGCGGCACGCGGAACUACGGGCCGGUGUUCGAGGAGCAGCCGUCCCACACGCUCUUCCCUGAGGGCUCUGCAGAAGAAAAGGUCACCCUGUCCUGCCGAGCUCGGGCCAAUCCUCCCGCUACCUACAGGUGGAAGAUGAACGGCACGGAGCUCAAGCUGGAGCCGGAUUCCCGCUACAGGCUGGUGGCCGGGGAUUUGGUGAUCAGCAACCCUGUGAAAGCCAAGGAUUCCGGCUCCUACCAGUGCGUGGCAUCCAAUUCCAGGGGCACCGUGGUGAGCAGGGAGGCCUCGCUCCGCUUUGGCUUUUUGCAGGAAUUCUCGGCGGAAGAGCGGGACCCCGUGAAGAUCACCGAGGGCUGGGGGGUGAUGUUCACCUGCAGCCCCCCGCCCCACUACCCAGGUUUAUCCUACCGGUGGCUCCUGAACGAAUUCCCCAAUUUUAUCCCGGCCGACGGGAGGCGUUUCAUCUCCCAGACCACGGGCAACCUUUACAUUGCCAAGACGGAGGCCUCGGACCUGGGCAACUACUCCUGCUUUGCCACGAGCCACAUCGACUUCAUCACCAAGAGCGUCUUCAGCAAGUUCUCCCGCCUCAGCCUGGCUGCAGAGGAUGCCAGGCAGUUCCCACCCAGCAUCAAGGCCAGGUUCCCCACGGACACCUACGCCCUGACCGGGCAGCUGGUGACCCUGGAGUGCUUCGCCUUUGGAAACCCCGUGCCCCGGAUCAAGUGGAGGAAGCUGGACGGGCCGCAGUCCUCCAAGUGGAUCGGCAGCGAGCCCCUGCUGCAGAUCCAGCACGCUGGAUUUGAGGAUGAGGGGACGUACGAGUGUGAGGCGGAAAACGCCAAAGGGAGGGACACCCACCAGGGCCGCAUCAUCAUCCACGCCCAGCCCGACUGGCUGGACGUGAUCUCGGACACGGAGGCCGACAUCGGGUCCGACCUGCGCUGGAGCUGCGUGGCCUCCGGCAAACCGCGGCCCACGGUGCGGUGGCUGCGGGAUGGGCAGCCCCUGACGUCCCAGAACCGCAUCGAAGUGAGCGGUGGAGAGCUGAGAUUUUCCAAGCUAGUCCUGGAGGACUCUGGCAUGUAUCAGUGUGUGGCUGAGAACAAGCAUGGCACAGUUUAUGCAAGUGCUGAAUUAACAGUGCAAGCUUUAGCUCCAGAUUUUAGACUAAACCCGGUGAAGCGCCUGAUCCCGGCAGCCCGGAGUGGGAAGGUCAUCAUCCCGUGCCAACCACGAGCAGCACCAAAAGCCACCGUGCUCUGGACCAAAGGGACAGAACUCCUGGUCAACAGCAGCAGGGUGACGAUUACGGCGGACGGGACCUUGAUCCUGCAGAACAUCAGCAAAUCCGAUGAGGGGAAAUACACCUGCUUUGCCGAGAACUUCAUGGGCAAAGCCAACAGCACUGGAAUCCUCUCUGUCCGAGAUGCCACCAAGAUCACGCUGGCACCAUCGAGCGCCGACAUCAACGUGGGUGAGAACCUCACCCUGCAGUGCCACGCGUCCCACGACCCCACCAUGGACCUCACCUUCACCUGGUCCCUGGAUGAUUUCCCCAUCGACUUCGACAAGUCCGAGGGGCACUACCGGCGAGCCAGCGCGAAGGAGGCCAUCGGGGACCUCAGCAUCUCCAACGCGCAGCUGCGGCACUCGGGCCGUUACACCUGCACGGCCCAGACCGUGGUGGACAGCGCCUCCGAGUCAGCCACGCUCACCGUCAGAGGACCUCCAGGCCCGCCCGGGGGGGUGGUGGUGAGGGACAUCGGUGACACCAGCGUCCAGCUGAGCUGGAGCCGCGGCUUCGACAACCACAGCCCCAUCGCCAGGUACCUCAUCGAGGCCCGGACCCUCCUGUCCAGCCAAUGGAAGCAGAUGCGCACCAAUCCCGUAAACAUCGAGGGCAACGCGGAGACGGCGCAGGUGGUGAACCUCAUCCCGUGGAUGGAUUACGAGUUCCGGGUCUUGGCCAGCAACAUCCUGGGAAUUGGGGAGCCCAGUCUGCCCUCCAGCAAAAUCCGGACCAAGGAAGCAGCACCGACGGUGGCACCGUCCGGGCUUGGCGGCGGCGGAGGGGCUCCCAACGAGCUCAUCAUCACCUGGACGCCCACGCUGCGGGACUACCAGAACGGGGAUGGCUUUGGGUACAUCGUGUCCUUCCGGAGGAAGGGCAGCCAGGCCUGGCUGAGGGCGCGGGUGCCGCACGCGGAGUCGCUGCACUUCGUGUACCGCAACGAGAGCAUCGCGCCCUACACCCCCUUCGAGGUGAAGAUCAAGGCCUACAACAGGAAAGGGGAGGGCCCCGAGAGCCUCACGGCCAUCGUGUACUCGGCAGAGGAAGAACCCAAAGGGGCUCCUUACAGGGUCAUCGCCAAGUCUGUCCUGUCCUCGGAGAUGGAUGUGUCCUGGGAGCCCGUGGAGCCAGGAGAAGUGACCGGAGUGCUUUUGGGAUACGAGAUCCGCUACUGGAAGGACGGGGACAAGGAGGAGGCGGCUGACAGAGUGAGGACGGCGGGGCUGGUGACAUCGGCUCAUGUCACUGGCCUGAACCCCAACACCAACUACCACGUGUCCGUGCGAGCCUACAACCGGGCAGGGACCGGCCCCCCCAGCCCCUCCACCAACGUCACCACCACGAGACCUCCACCAAAAAGGCCACCUGGGAACAUCUCCUGGACUUUUUCCGGCUCCACAGUCAGCAUCAAGUGGGACCCCGUGGUGGCCAAGGCAGACGAGUCGGCAGUGACGGGGUACAAGAUGCUCUACAGGCAGGAUUCCCACUCGGCCCCCACCCUGUACCUGGCCAGCAAGAGCCAGAUCGACAUCCCCAUCCCCGAGGAUUUCACCCACGCCUUUGUCCAGAUCCGGGUGACCGGACCCGGCGGGGAUGGGACGCCGGCAGAAGUUCACAUCCUUCGGAACAGCGGGACGAGCAUGAUGGUGGAGGACUCGGGGACGAGGCCAGCGCCACACGUCGUGGUCAUCGCCACCAACUCCCUGCUGAUGGUGGCCCUGAUCAGCUCCCUGGAGCUCUGACCGCGCCCCGGACGCGGCUCCGGACACGAUUCCUCCCGAUCCCGCGGGAACGAGGCGGCGUUCGGCAAAUCCCACUUGGGAGCGGGGCGGCACCGCGGGGAGAGGAUUGGACCACGUGGUUGGAAGGGAGGAAGAAAUUAAAAACAGCUUUUUUUUUGUCUUUUUGGUUUGGAGGGACAGAAGCUUUCGUACAAGACAUGGGUCUUUAACCGAUUAAAUGUUUUUUAAGGAAAAUGAGGAAAAGGAAGAAUUCUCCGGGAAUUCUGCAGCCAACUGCCCCACUCCCCCUCACUGUAUCCGUAGGUUUUCUGCCUUAUUGAAGCCAUGUAUGAGAUAACCAGACUGCUAAAUUUGACUUUUUUUUUAACUCUGUACAGUGAAUUCCAUGUGGGGACGGGGACUGAGGAGUUCAGGGACACCCAUCCCACCACAGCCAGCUCGGAGCAUCUGUGGGACGGGAUUGAUCCUUUUUUCCACAAAAAAAAAAAGCGCCAAAUCCUGCAGGAACCAACCCAAGGAGACAAAUCCUUGGGAGGAUCAAGCUCUGCCCCAGCCUGAAAAGCUUUUUUUACAACUCUGGUGUUCACUUGCCGCACCAGCCUGGUGCUUGUCUCAGCUGUGAGGUGCAAAUUCCGUGUUUUCCCAUAUCCCACCUGCUUUGGGGGUGGAUUUGUCACCCUGUUUGCCUCUUUCCUUUCUGUCUGGGGAGAAGAAUCCCUAAUUCAGGCACCUCUGCCUAAAAAUGGAGGUGUCAAUAAAUCCGAUUUCAGAGGAGCGAAGGACUUUUAAAAAAUGACAAAAUGAAAAGAGGAAUGGGAGGCUCCAGGAAGCCACCACUGGAACAACAAGGAAGAUUUGGACUCGGAUUCAUCGCCCUGCACUGAGAAUUCAUCCAGCCAAAAUCCCAGGCCGGGAUUGGGACUGCAAAGGCUGAGAUCCAGCCAGGAAGCGGCUCUGGAUUCCAGCUCCGAUGGCUGCCGGGCAUCCCAGGGAAGCACUGGGAUGCUGAGGAGCCCCCUCCCCUCCAGAGGCUGGGAAAAGCAGGAAUGCUGAGCUGAGCUCCCACAGGACUGGUUGGGAAUUGAUGUUGCCUGUUGAAAUCUCUGUCUCCCAGUAAAGCAGUUGACCAAAGUUAAUGAGAAUUGAUUGGUGUUGCCGCUGGUUCCAUCCCAGGGGUGGUUUUAGGGACUUUUCCCCGGCUCUGACUCCUCAAUCCCAGAGAAAACAGUGCCAGCCUGGACAAUCCCAAUCCCAGAAUUUCCUGGCUGAGCCCUGACGAGCAGUUUUCCCUUUAAACGCCAAUUCCUCAGUUCUUUUUAGCCCAGGUGGUGGCAGGGAAAUCCCUCUCCAGACAGGGCAGCUCAGGCUUUGCUAAGCCCUGUUUUGGGCAGUCCCUUCUGCCAUUCCGUUGAUCCAGGGUUGGGAGAGCCACGGGGAAGGAUCUGCACCUGCAAAUCCGGCAUUCAGACCUCGGGAAACGACAAAAAACUACUUUUGAAGCCCAGCCAGAGCCAGCAACGGGAGGAAAAGGCUUGGGAUCCUCCUUAAAACCUCUCGGAGCUUCCUAAAAUACAGCCCAGGGGUUAAAGGUGUGCAGAGACAGGGAGAGAACUGGAAUUCCUGGGAUUUGGAGGGAAGGAUGGA